UCCAAAAGAAAAGAUGAAAAAUUUGCCCUCUAGGCCCACGUUCUUCUAAAUACGUAGAACUCAGCAUUUCACGUUGUUGUUUUGCAGAAUCCGGCUAAGAAACGAACACAGUUUUAUAACGCACGUGCAUAGGCGUUGUUCUUCUCAUCAAACCUUUUGUUGUGUAGCGUUAAGGUUUUCGCUUUCGUUGCCGUCGAGGUUUGCUUAAGCUCCUUUUUGAGAAAAACACAACGUCAACUUGAACAGAAAUCAAUGUUAUAGUAUUCCACUUUUUGGUGUUCAAUAUUGUGGCACGUUGGAUCUCCUUACACACUCUGCGGAUAGGUUACUUAUGGAAUGAAACUUUAGCAUUCUACGUAUAAAGUAAAGCUUGAUCUCUCUUAGACACUUCCCCCGAGACUCAAUAAAGGGACGGAUGUUUGCACUUUGAUGACAACGAUUAUUUUGUCGCCUGGAUAUCAUUUCAACACCUAGUUUAAUUUACAUAUAUAGCGAAAGUGCACAUCAUCAGAAGCAAAUAGUCUUAAUUAAAAUAAAAAACGUUUCCUUCACAUUAAUAUUCUUCGCCUUAUACCCUGCCUUUUAAGGCAAUCACUUUUAUUAUUUGCAUUUGCUCUCCUUCACUAAAAACCUCUCUGAUCUUUAAACCUCAGACAUCUAAAUGAUAAAAACAGGAAAGUAAUCCUUGAUCUCUGAAAUCAAACGAAGGAAGGCAGUAUUCCAAAGCAAAGACGAUACCAUGUUAAACGCAACCAUCGCCACUGCAUUCAUCGUCAUUCUCGCACUCGAGGCAGCCGUCAUUAUAAUUGGGAACGUGUUCACCAUUUUUGUUUUUAAGACUCAAUCUAGACUCCACUUGAAACGAACUUGCAUUCUUCUAAUCAACCUGGCCGUCGCUGAUCUGUUUGUGGGAGUAGGAGAAGUCGUAGUUCUGAUCACCCACAAAAUUUCGGGAUCAGAAAUCGGAUUGCUAAACCUUUCUUUUACUUUUCAAGCUUUUGGGUCGUGUGCUUCGUUGAUGUUUCUCGCUCUUAUUUCGCUUGAACGCGUUUACUCCGUGUUCUGGCCACUGCGUCAUCGCGUAACAAGCGCUCGAGCUUACAUUUUCGGCAUCGUUAUCGUCUGGGUACUUGGCUUAUCCAACGGUGGGCUAAAUAUGAUAACAGUAUUCCACUCACAGGUAGACAGCAUUUAUGCUACAGUCGCCGGUGAUUUAUUACUUUUCUUCUGUCUGGGUGCCAUCUGUGCAAGUUACCUAUCGAUCCGUUCUCGACUGUACGCAACAAAACCUGAAUUGCAAGCCUCCCACAGAAGAUCAACGCGGGAACAGAAUUUGCGUCUUUCAAAGACAUUUUACAUAGUGGUCGCUGUGUCGCUUAUCUUUUGGUCGCCUGGUUUCGUGGUGUACAACAUCAGCGCAUUUUGUUGGCAGUGUUUUUCUCCAAAGAUACUUUGGUUUGUCAAUGCUCUACACUUAGCAAAUUCUAUGGUGAAUCCAUUCGUAUACAGUUUUAGGAUGAAAAUAUUUCAAGAUUCUUUGAAAAAGUGCUGGAAAAAGCGCCAACAAAGCAUCGCACUAACAGCUCUUCCCGUGAACAGGCAAUGAGGACGCUAGAUCUUUACUAUUUUGUCACGAUUUACAACGAAUGCUCAAUGCUGUUAGUCCUCAGAUCACGCGACUUUCUCACCCCUGUGGCAGCUCCUGUAUUCUACACACUGUUUUUGACAGAUUCUGGUAGAUUUUAACAUGCAAUCAGUUCUCUUUUAAGCCGUAAUCGUUCUUUAUAAUAAUUGUUUUUUAGUGAAUGGAUUAGACAGGUAAAUCUACUUGUUUGAGGGUGUUUUUUUAAGGGUAAAAAAAUUGGCCGAGGUUGCAAAAGCGAGACAUUCACUUUCUUCAAAUAAGAUUUUACAGGCGUGAUAUGAGUAUAAUAUAUCUUCUUUUUUUUUUUAAUUUGCAGUCUUGAGAGCCUCAUUGUAGUUUUCAGGAGAUAUUGGUCUAAAAAGUGAAAAUUUUGAUGUCAAGAUUAAGAAUAAGAUUUUUGAUAUCCAAUAAACACAAGUAGUCACCUCGUCGCUAUGGUAAUUCCAACUGCUGUUUUGGAAGGUUCAUUCUCAAACUCAUGGAUAAUUUAUCAAGUUUAAACAAA